GCUUUUGGAGGGAAGAGUUUUUCCCAGGCUGCAGUUCAUUCAUAAACUUGAAGCAAUUUUAUCUGCUUGCAGUCAAUGGUAUAUUUUUCAAGUGAUGGGGUAUACUUAAUUGUAAUUGUGAAAAUUUGGAGUUUGGGUUGUAGAGAUAAUUGUGAGAAAAAUGCUUCAUGUUUAUGAAGGAUAAAGUAAUUGGUGUUAAUAGAAUCCAUGUGCACAUAACUAUGAACAUAUCGCAUACCACAGUCAAGUAACAUUGUGGUUUACCUGUGAAUGGGACAUAUACCACUGUGAGUUGGGGGAAACUCAUCAGCAGUGCUCAACUGUUUUUCAUUAACUUUAAUACACUAAAUUAAAAAGUGAGCAUAAGUAAUUUGAGGAUAAAAUUGGUGGUAACAUUAAUUCAGAAGCCGCAGAGAUAGACUGAAAUUUAAUGCUGAUCGUUAGCAAAAAAAUUUAUGUUACAGCAAGAAGGAUAAUCGCAAACUACAUCAGAAAUAUUAUAUUUCAUUGACAGUUCCCCAGCGUGAUUAUGGCUUUACGCCUCUAUGAUAAGCUGACAUUAGAAUAUAAAUGAUAUUUAUCUAUAUGACAAGACUUUGGGUGUUGAUAUACUCGCUAUAGGGCUGUGGAGUAAGAUUGCGACAUUGAAAUAAUAUCGCCCCAUUGCCUGCUGGUUAAAUCUGUACUACCUUUAGUCGACAGAUGACAUGAGAAGAUGUUGUAUUAAAGAGGCGGAGGUGCAAAACAUAUCACUUGAGUAUCAGAUGCAUUUCUGUGCAGUGCUCUUUGUGUGAAAUCUGAUUUAAAUGCUAUAUGUCAGAGCAUGUGUGAAUCAAGAGAUUGACUUUUGCGUUUUUUUUCACUUGCCGGAUUUUGACUCACAGGAGAAGUGGUGUCAGAAAACUAUUACAACCUCGUUCUUUGUUAAAAUGGUGAAAAAGUAAAUCCUGAUCUUAACCAGGCAAAUAUUUAUCCAGGAUCUUCACGAACAAAAUGACAUGAACUAGUUGUUUGCUUUAAGACUUAUUAAAUAACCCUGCCUCUCUGUUGGCCAAUGGAACAUCAUUGCUAUGGUAACAGCUUAUGACUUAUGUAAAUAGAUAUAAAGUUUGAAGUAUCUGAUGACAGGAGGCGUCAGGUAUGAUUGGUUGCCAUCACUUGCCAUUUAUUAUAGGAGGCAAUUAAAAGAAAGUAGCAACUGAUGCAUAUUCAUUAUUUCCUAGCCUCCACUCUGAAGAGUAACAGAUGAGAUGUUUAAAAGUAUGAUAUAGUGCAGACAGUAACCUUUACAUUUUGAAAAGUGGGGAAAGUUGACAGGCUUAGAGCUUAUGCCGGAAAUGUGUAUAAGAUUUCUGGGUGUCUGUUACAAUACCAUGGCAUAAUUUUAUUGAAUGAAAUAUAUAAUAAUUCCCAGAGCAGUUGAUUGAAAACGGAAUAGAUAGAUCAUAUUCAUUACUGCCAUCAAAGCUUAAGUGUCUUGAAAAGAAGAAACUGUUGCUUUGAAAGGUGAUACCACUAAAACAAAGAAUUGUGCAAAGAUUUGAUUUAACAUUGAUGACUUUGAAAAAUAUUCUGUCCAUAAUAAUGAAGAUGCAUAACAUUUAGUGCAUAGUCCUAUUCAGGAUUUGAUAAUUUACAUAUUCCAUGCAUCACUGUGAUAUAUCAAUUGCAACAUAUGCACAGCACAUACGAAUGGUGAUAUAAUUUAUUGUGAUAUAACUAAACCUACUGCACAUUAAAAAUUGGUAUGACCGCUACAAGGGGACUUUAAACCAACAGUACGAAAAUGAUCGAUAUGAUAGCGCCAACGCCAGUUCCGCUUAAGGUACCGUCCGGGUUGCCUGCAUUACGAGCCGCGGCUUCAUGGAAUCGUGGUCGGCUGCUUCCUCAACCAAUCAACACACGGCGAUGUAACCUUCUAGAUGUGUCAGCAGCGACAACAGCGCAGGUGCCCCCUCUCACACCAGGAACGACCCAGAAAAUGUCACAGGCGCUACUGGAGAGCUUUAAGAGCUUUGAGAAGGACCAACACAGACUCAACAUACCCAGAGACCCUAUGCAGUGGAACGAGGGUCAGGUGUCACAGUGGUUGAACUGGGCGAUACACGAGUUCACGCUGGAGGGAGUUAACGUGGCUAACUUUGCGAUGUGCGGUUCCGAGCUCUGCAAGAUGGAGAAAGAAAAGUUCUUGAAGCUCGCGCCGCCAUAUAUGGGCGACAUCUUGUGGGAACAUCUUGACAUUUUGCAGAAAGAGGUGGUCCAAGAUCGCAGCUCUCUCGUAAAUGCCCCACCCACGUAUAGCGAACCUGUCUGCAUGCCUGAAUUUAGUGGUCAUGAAGACCAGCAGGUUUUUAACCAAGGUUACACCAGCUCUCCAGAACAGCUUUCUCCUCCUGUACAGACCAACUCCCAGCCUCCAUUCUCUGAGAACAAAUGUCAAGGACAACAGUUCCAGAUGUCGGAGUCCAUCCAGGCAUUGAACGACCUCUCACCCACGUACGAGGACACGUACCACAGUCUGGAGGAGAUCCAGCAUGGGGGUUUCUAUGGCGACCACAGCCCCACAGAGUUCUACACCAUGCCAGAACAGAAGUACCGACCUCCACCGAUGAAGACCAACAACAUGUGUAGAGGCCAGCAGUUCCUGCCACAGGAAGCACAUUCCCAGCCACACAUGGAGUCAUUCUUCGACCCGCACCACCAGUUCUCACAGAUGGUUCCCAAUGUUAAGAUGGAGUUACCGUGGUCACAAGCCGAGUAUCCGGGCUGUCGGGACAUGGCGGGCACCUGGUCGCCCACCGAACGCCCUGGUAUGCUGCGUCAUGGUUACCACCCACUACAGAACAUCGGGGAGCUAGGGUCACCCGUUGAGGGUAAACCCAUGAUCCAAGCUGCCGCCCUGGCGGGCUACUCUGGUAGGUCCACGAACAUAUUCAAAUGCAGCGGCCCUAUUCAGCUGUGGCAGUUCCUGCUUGAACAGUUAACGGACAAAACGUGCCAACACUUUAUCAGCUGGUCGGGUGACGGCUGGGAAUUCAAACUCUCCGAUCCAGAUGAGGUCGCGCGCCGAUGGGGAAUCCGUAAAAACAAGCCAAAAAUGAACUAUGAAAAACUUAGUCGAGGUCUCAGAUAUUACUAUGAUAAAAACAUUAUACACAAGACGGCAGGAAAACGCUAUGUGUACCGGUUUGUGUGCGAUCUCCAGAGUCUCCUAGGCUACACCCCAGAGGAAUUAUGGGAUGCCUGUGAUAUAAAGCCUCAGAAGGACAAAGAUGAUGAGUGAGCAAUCUGUGUCGUGAGAAGCUUGUUAAAUAUUCAAUUGUGUUGGUGACAACAAGUAUUUAGGAACAUUCGCACCAUAGGUAGUUGAAUGCACAGGUGUUGGUGUUGAGAUUGGAAAGGUUUUAGCGAGAAUUAACGGCUAAACGUUUGUAAAACCAAAAAUGGUUCAGAUACUGUGUGCUGAGAAAAGUUUUUCAUCUGACUUUUCAAGUAGCGUUUUGCCUCAGCUGUUUGAGUGCCUUGUAUAAAAUACAGGCCAAGUUUGUGAACUGUUUGUGACCACCUGUGUAUUAAGAGAUAUCAAGUAUUGUGUCUAGAUAUAAUCAUAUAGCACUGUAUUUGUGAUACUCCAAAUAUGUCUGUACAUAAUGUGAAGAAUAUAUCAUAUUUUUCUACCUUACCUAUGUGUGUAUUAUAUUAUGGAAAAGUUAUGGUUGUAUCAUAAGCCAUUAUUAUUUAUGGCUUUCAUAUGCACUGAUUUCUAUAAAACAAAAGCUGGAGAAAAAAAAAAUCGAAAAAGAUGAUGCAAGGCUAUGAGAAAAAUCCGAAAAGUUUCUGUGUUAAAGCAGAACAAAAAAAGGGGCUAAACAAGACAGAUGCAUGAAGAUUUUGAUAGUUUUUGCAGUUGUGAAGGUCGUACUAAAAAUUCAGGGUUUUUUGGUAUUUUUAUAUUGUAAAGCAUUAAAUUUUUAUACACCAGAUAGGUUGAACGGAAAUACACGCUUUUUCAUAGGGUACAAACAAUUGCCAUUCAUUCAUCCUGUAGACCUUUCUCUAAUAUGAAUGGUAAGAUAAUUCCAAAAGGAAAUGUAACUUGAUGUAUAUCUCAUUUAAUAUUCAUCAGGAAAUAGCUUGUCCGAGGUCAGCUCCAGUGUCACUAUAUAUAGCCUACCCUUACUUGUAGAAAACAUUUCAAGAUUUGGACUAGAUUUUCCUAGUGCCUCAUGUGUUCCAAAAUAGUUUUGGCAAAAUGUAAAGUUGACUUAUUUAAUUGUUUCCAUUUUAUUUUAAUGUGAAGUGAAUCUUCUGAUGGUUCAAUAGAAUAAUUGUAUUUUUUUGUACAUACCAAGUGGAUUUUUUUCUCCAAAAAGUGUGCUUUUGUGCCUUAAAAAAACUGCAUAGUAGGCAAAAAUAUUCAUGCAGUUUUGAGGAAUUUCUUUAAUUGUUUUUCAGUAUGACUUGUGGAUUAAAACGUGCCUUAUUAAUGAAUGGAAGUGCUCUUAAAAAGUCAAAUACUCAGCAGUGAGUUCAUACUUCUGUCAACAUGACUUUUGUUCAGAAGCUUAUAAAAAAUAUUCCAGUGAAAACAACUUGCUUUUUGUGAUAUUGUCUGAAAAUGGCGUCGCCUUACUACAAUGGUUGAAUAGUGCUUUUACCCAUCUAUAACUUAUGCAUUUUGUGUAUAAUUUAUUCCGACUUAUGUUUGUAAAUAGCUAAUAUUAUUAUAUUUUACUUGCUAAAUGUACUAAUACCAAUUCAACUUACAGUAAUUAUUGGUAUAUUAUUAAGUUCAUAUUUUACAGGACUGUCUUCAUUCAUCCAACGCUAUAAUUGUGUUUCAAUAUGUGUAAUGGAAAUCAAAUCUGAUGAAAGAGCUGAAUCAAUAAUUAAUACCAAAUUUUGGCCAAGUCUUUGUGAAAUAGAAUUACAUUUGUCUUUAACUAUGCAUUUUUAUUAAAUAUUUUAUAUUUGACUUGAGAUCAUUCAGGUAUUCUUAGAAGGAAUCUCUACCUAUCCGAUUGUGUUCAAAAUGGUCAGAUCUUUGUAUGUUGGUUCUUUUCCUUUAUUUUAUUUCUAUAUUUUCUUUAUUUUGCCAUACUUUUUUGAGUGUUUUCAGAUAUAAUCAGAGUUGAAACUGUUACCUUCUACUCAUUUAAAUGUGUUCAUUGUUCAGAGUUUUCUUAUGUUUAUUGUUGAUAAGUGUGUUAACAUUGUUUCUAUACCAUGUAUGUGUUCAUUAAUUUCAUUUAUUUGUUUUAUUGGAACUUUAAUCGUCUUAUGCUACAUGUAAGCAGAUUAAUUUUUUAUUUCCUUUUAUUAUAGAUGUAGGAAAAUUAAGUCACUAGGCAAAUAUGACAUGUACUUCAAAUUCUUAAUAAAGUUUGAAAUUAAAUUCAAAAAAUAAUCUUGGACUUUGGUUAUCAGUAAAUGAAAAAUUGACCAUAUUUGCAAAUAGUAUUGAAUAACAUUUAAAUUUCAAACAAAUGAGGAACAACUUUGAUAAAAAUAAUUGAAAAAAAAUCAAUCAGCAUUCUUGUAGCUAAGUCAGCAGUUCAUAUUUUCCUCCUUUCAUUUGUAAAAAAACUAAUCAUCUACACUCAAAUUAUUGUCUAGUCCACAAAAAUAAUUAUCUUCGAAUAAUAGUGUUUAUUGCUGUAAAACAUAAAUAUAUCAAACUAAUAAAAACUAUAUGUGACGCACUCUGUGAUUUUGGGUCCAAAUGAGGUAACCUCGUUUUCAAAAUUGACGUCACGCAAUUAACUUUUUUUUCCAAUAUUUUUUUUUUUAAAGCAUUUUUUGUCUUUUGCUGAAGUGUCAGGUAAGAUAUGCAUGAUAUUCUCAAAAUAAAUAAAUAAUUUGGGUUGGGAAAAGAAUAAGCUUUGUGAAUAUGAAAAUAACUCACUUUCGCCAAGAUACCUCAUUUGGGCCCAAAAUCUCAUGUUGUGUCACAUAUAUUAAAAUAUUGUAAUAAGUGUGUCAAUGAACAAAUUACAGUUUCUGCAUCAAUAUUGUUUUUGGCUUCGGUCAAAUUAUUAUUGAGAGCAUUGGGUAAAAUCUUUAUUAAAAAAAAAUUGAGACUAUUUAUUUACACGAACAUUUGCAGGGAAAUCACAGUUUUUAGACACCUGAUAGAAUCGUUCCUUUAGUUAUGUGUUCAGAACAAAUAUUCUGCAAUAUUUCAAGAUAUUAACAGUUAUAAACACGUUUUUACUUUAUUGUUGUUUUAUAUUUUUGUUGCAUAUUGAAUAAUUCUGACAGCAGUUAUAUUGACAUGUUAAAUCAGCUUACCAUUUGGGGUUUACUGAUUUCCUGUACAAAAUGAAGAUGAAUAAAUAAAACGGAAAAUACCA